GCGAGCGCUUUCAAAUUACCGCAUGCCAGUCAGUGGGCAGUGAAUAAUAACAAAAAGAUAAUAAUUCAGUGUUGCUGAAGAUCUGGAAAACGUUCUUAACCAUGGCUACUGAUGUCCAAGAAACCGUUCCAGUCGCUACAGAGGAAGCUCCUGCUGCAGCGACCAAAAAGAAGGCUACAGUCAGUAAGAAAGCCAAGCCUGCCGCUGCUCCAGCUACUACCGCCGCCAAGAAGAAGAAAAACAAGAAGAAGAAGAACCAUCCUGGAAGAUACAGUCAGCUGUUAAUUGAUACCAUCCGAAAGCUGGGCGAGAGAAACGGUUCUUCUCUUGCAAGAAUUUUCAACGAAUGCAAGAAGGAGGGCUGGUUCGACCAGCUCCAUGGACGGACGUACCUGCGCUACUCCAUCAAGGCGCUCUUGCUGAACGACUCGCUGAUACAGGUGAGGGGCUCCGGAGCUAAUGGCUCCUUCCGAUUGAACAAAAAGAAGUUUGAAAAGCAAGCCCCUAAAAAGACCACCCCGAAGCCUGCGAAGAGCUCUGCCACUCCGACAAAGAAGACUAAAAAAACCCCGGUCAAAAAGGCAAAGGCGAAAGUGAGCCCAAAAAAGAAGCCUGCAAAGCCGACUGCAGCAUCCAAGAAGAUUGCGAAGCCCAAGAAAGCAGCCAAAAAGCCAGUCAAGAAGGUGAAAAAGCCGAAAAAGAUCAGCAAGCCAACUGUGCCCAAAGUGCCCAAAACCAAGAGUGCAAGAACGUCGAGGGGGAGAAAGUAAGAAGCACGACAAGAGGGCUAACCACAGACUUUGCUAUGAACACGACAUGCAGUUUCUUUUUGGAGCCAUCGGUCGAUCUCGUUUUUAUUAUGGACCUUGUUUAGCUUGGAGACGGCUUACCGCCACUUGGUAUUGCAUUUAUUAGGCUAUGUUACGUUGCGCCUUAAAGGUGAAAGUGUAUUUUAUUUUUUAAAAUCAAAUUCCAUAUUGUUUUGAAAAAAGUGUGUGUGGGGGGGAAUCUAAAAUCUUGUGCAGCCUUUAGUCGGGUUACUCGGAUUUCCAUUUUGUACAGUUGUCCAUUUUUUAUCGAUUAACUGCACUGCGUAAUGUUUUUGGGGUUGUUUUGAUUUCAUACAGCCCAUGGGCAACGCCCCCUGGUUGCCCGCCCCGUAUAGUCUAACCGUUGAGUAACCCAAAUAGGAGGGACCAGAGACAUUUGAAUUGUCAUUUUAGCCGCCAUAAAUAAAACUCUUAUGUUACAAUGUACUGCUGAGGUUUUAUUCCGCUUUUGUAGUGCAUCACGGUUAAAAAAUAAAUAAAAAAACUUGAUUAACUAA